AUGAGACUGGACGUCAAGCGCCAGCUCUAUGCUCGCAGCGAGCGAGUCAAGGGCAUAGACUUUCAUCCUCAGGAGCCAUGGAUUCUCACCACCCUCUACAGCGGCCACGUCUACAUCUGGUCGUACGAAACGCAACAGACUGUCAAAACCUUCGAGCUCACCGAUGUCCCGGUGCGUGCCGGUCGAUUCAUCGCCCGCAAAAAUUGGAUCGUUUGCGGUUCCGAUGAUUUCCAAUUGCGUGUCUACAACUACAACACGUCCGAGAAGAUCACGUCGUUCGAGGCGCAUCCCGACUACAUUCGAGCUAUCGCCGUCCACCCGACGCUCCCUUUUGUACUCACUGCCUCCGAUGACAUGACCAUCAAGCUCUGGGACUGGGACAAGGGCUGGAAGUGCGUCCAGGUCUUUGAGGGCCACAGCCACUAUGUCAUGGGCCUCGCCAUCAACCCCAAGGACACCAACACGUUUGCGUCGGCCUGUCUAGAUCGCACAGUCAAGAUCUGGAGCCUCGGCUCCGGGACUGCCAACUUCACGCUCGAGGCGCAUGAGACCAAGGGCGUAAACCACGUCGACUACUACCCCCACUCGGACAAGCCGUACCUCCUGACGGCCUCUGACGAUCGGACGGUCAAGGUCUGGGACUACACCACCAAGUCCCUUAUCGCCACCUUGGAAGGCCACACCAACAACGUCUCUUUCGCCUGCUAUCACCCCGAGCUCCCUGUCAUCAUUUCCGGCUCUGAGGAUGGCACGAUACGAAUUUGGCACGCCAACACUUAUCGCUUCGAGCAGUCGUUGAAUUACAGCCUCGAGCGAGCUUGGUGCGGCUCAUACCAGAAGGGAAAGCAGGGCAUAGCUGUCGGCUAUGACGAUGGUGCCGUGGUUAUCAAGCUGGGUCGGGAAGAACCGGCCGUGUCCAUGGACACGUCGGGCAAGCUGAUCUGGGCGAGGCACAAUGAGGACAACGAUCCCAUAUCUCUGCCGACCAAGGACCUUGGAACCUGCGAGGUGUACCCGCAGACCCUCAUCCACUCGCCUAAUGGCCGAUUCGUCGCUGUCUGUGGCGACGGCGAGUACAUUAUCUACACGGCACUGGCGUGGCGAAACAAGGCUUUUGGCUCUGCCCUCGACUUCGUGUGGGCCUCCAAGGAGAACAGCAAUGACUUUGCCAUUCGCGAGUCGCCCAUGAGCGUCAAGGUGUACAAGAACUUCGUUGAGAAGAGCGGCGGCUUGGAUGUCGGCUUCCAAGCAGAGGGCCUGACGGGUGGCAUCCUGCUGGGUGUCAUUGGGCAAGGCGGCAUCUCUUUCUUCGACUGGAACACGGGCGGCCUUGUCAGAAGAAUCGAGGUUGAGCCGAAGCACGUUUACUGGUCGGAGAGCGGCGAGCUCGUUGCCAUUGCCUGCGAGGACACCUGCUAUGUCCUGAGAUUCUCUCGUGAGAACUAUGUCGAGGCUGUUCAGGCUGGCCAAGUCGAGGAGGACGGUGUCGAGGCCGCCUUUGCAGUCAUUACCGACAUUAGCGAAGGUGUUCGGACGGGAGAGUGGGUUGGCGACUGCUUCAUUUACACCAACCAGACCAACCGACUCAACUACCUCGUUGGUGACCAGACUUACACGGUGUCUCAUUUCGACAAGCCGAUGUACGUUCUCGGCUACAUUCAGAGGGACUCGCGCAUCUACCUCGCCGACAAGGAUGUCAACGUCACGUCCUUUGCCCUGUCUCUCCCUGUCCUUGAGUACCAGACGCUGGUGCUUCGUGAAGACAUGGAUACGGCGGCGGAACUGCUGCCGACUAUCCCUGCGGACCAGCUCAACAAGGUUGCGCGGUUCCUGGAGGGCCAAGGCCACAAGGAGCUUGCGCUGGAGGUCGCGACGGACCCCGAGCAUAAGUUUGAUCUUUCACUGGCCCUGGGCCAGCUGGAGAUUGCCCUGGACUUGGCGCGCAAGGCCGACGUGGACCACAAGUGGAAAACUGUCGGUGACGCAGCGCUAGCAGGAUGGGAUGUGGCACUCGCGGCCGAGUGCUUCACGCAUGCCAAGGACUUGGGCUCGCUGCUCCUGUUACACUCGUCGACGGGCAACAAGGAGGGCCUGGCGGCACUCGCAGCGCAGGCCGUGGAGAGCAACGCGCACAACGUGGCGUUCUCAUGCUAUUGGCUUCUGGGCGACAUCGACCGAUGCGUCGAAGCGCUGACGAAGACGGACCGCUUGGCGGAGGCGGUGUUGUUUGCACAGACAUACAAGCCCAGCCUCGCAGUACCCCUCGUCAAGGAGUGGAAGGAGAGUCUGGAGAAGAACAAGAAGGCCCGGGUGGCCAAGCUGAUUGGCGUUCCGGACGAGGACGAGGACCUCUUCCCCGAGUGGGACGCCUGGCUGAAGGUGGAGCGUGAAGGCGGGGCCGUCGACGAGACUCAGGCGCCGGAGGAGGCGAACGGGGUGGCUCAGGCCAUCGAGACGCAGCCAGAGGGUGAGGGUGAGGCUGGGGCUGAGGCCGAGGAAGAGGCAGAGGCAGAGGACGAGGAGUAA